CCAUGAUCAGCCAUUUCCACUUACCUCCUCCCUUCAAAUUUCAAAGCCUUCACUCUUCCUCUGCUCCAAUCAAAAGCAUUUCUCAAUUCAAAGUCAAUCAGAUGAACUUCUCCGGCAGCUCCCUCCGACGUUCUGUCACCGGAGCUAGUUCGACCACAAUCUCGACCACUGCUGCAAUCACAAUCGCCGCCAUCAUCAUUCUGUAGACUUCAGGACUCCCACGUAUUUUUCUCGGUGGUUUUUAUUUUCCGGUAUCGAAUCCGGCAGCUGGUUGGUCCGUGAAGAAGCUUCAUCAUCAGUGAAAGUUUUGUUUUCGGUUGGCUGUUCCAGAUGGCCAGUGUUAAAGGCUAUGCGGCGUGCUGGCGGGAACAUGCUCUUCAGUUUCCGCGUCCCAGUUGUAACGACAGCUACAAGAGACACUGUACCAAGAGGGCUGCCGGAUGGAGAUCUCCACAGGCUGCCAUCCUACCCAAUUUACAUCUCCCAAUGCGGAGUUUGGAAGUCAAGAACAGGACAUCAGCAGAUGAUAUCAAGUCUCUCAGACUUGUAACUGCCAUUAAAACACCUUAUCUUCCCGAUGGUAGAUUUGAUCUUGAAGCAUAUGAUGCCUUGGUGAAUCGGCAGAUUGAAAAUGGAGCUGAUGGUGUGAUCGUAGGUGGCACGACUGGUGAAGGUCAGUUGAUGAGCUGGGAUGAGCACAUAAUGCUUAUUGGUCACACUGUCAACUGUUUUGGUGGAUCAAUCAAGGUUAUAGGCAACACUGGAAGUAACUCUACAAGAGAAGCAAUUCAUGCUUCGGAGCAGGGAUUUGCUGUUGGAAUGCACGCUGCCCUUCAUAUAAAUCCUUAUUAUGGAAAAACCUCCAUUGAGGGAAUGAUCUCGCACUUCAAUUGUGUGCUUUCUAUGGGCCCCACUAUUAUAUACAACGUACCACCACGAACUGGCCAAGAUAUUCCCCCACAAGUCAUUCAAACUGUUGCUCAAAGUGCCAAUCUUGCAGGUGUGAAGGAAUGUGUUGGAAACGAUCGCGUCAAGCAGUAUACCGACGAAGGAAUUGUGGUCUGGAGUGGAAACGACGAUCAAUGUCACGAUGCUAGGUGGAAUCAUGGAGCAACUGGAGUUAUUUCUGUUACUAGCAACUUGGUGCCUGGUUUAAUGAGAGAGCUCAUGUUUGAAGGGAAGAACCCUUCCCUAAAUGCAAAGCUGUUGCCUUUGAUGGACUGGCUGUUCUUUGAACCCAACCCAAUUGGCUUGAAUACAGCUCUCGCUCAACUCGGAGUCGUGAGACCUGUGUUUAGGCUACCAUAUGUACCUCUUCCAAAAGCAAAGAGAGAGGAGUUUGUGAACUUGGUCAAGCAAAUUGGGCGCGAGCAUUUUGUCGGCAUAAAAGAUGUACAAGUUCUUGAUGAUGAUGAUUUCAUUUUGGUUAGUCGGUAUUAGUGGCACGGUUCCUUGCCAAGAGUUGUCGAGGCCUUAGAUGCUGCCUUGCUUCUACAAGUUUUUGAGGUCUAUUCCAUGCCAUUAAUCUUAAGGUUUCUUUUACGUUGUCUCUCUAGUAGGGCUGUUAUCAGUUUUGUGUGUUAGAAUUUGUAGUAAUAAUAAUAUCAAUGAAUGGACGUGUAUUUCAAGUCUUCAACUCGUUUCUUGGCGUCUAAUGUGUUUAUUAAAUGAGGAUGCCUGUUGGUUGGCCUCAUUCUGUUGA